CGAGAUGUGAUUUUCUCUCUCAGGUUCUCCGCACUGUUAAGAGAUAAACCGUUGUGCUCUUCAUGGGAAAAGAAGAUGGCAGCCAAGCGGGAGAAGGAGCAGGUGAAACAGUACACUUCGCAGCUUAAAGACGAGAAAAUCAAACAGAAAGAGGAUAAGAGAAAACGGAGAGAAGACAACUUGAAACGUCGUGCAGAGAACGAACGCAAAUCAGAGAUUGUUGAAGUGAUCAAGAACACAGCAAAGAUCAAGAGGAUGAAGAAGAAACAGCUGAGGAGAAUUGAGAAGAGAGACACUCUGACUCUGCUGCAGAAGUCUCAGAAGCAGAGUGGGAAACCCAAAGGUGGGAAACCCAAAGGGCGAAAAGGUCCGAAAGUUGCCAAAGAUUCAACCAAGACUGAGAUAAUAAAAACAUAACUGUUCAAUACUUUGCCUACAUGUUUUACACCUGGGAGGACUUAUUUUCACAUGGACCCAAUGAAAGCUUUCUAAAGAGAAAUGUAAUACUGAGUCAAAUAUAAGGAUGCACAAUUAGUGUUUGCGCUGCUGGUCACAUGGGCUCUGAGGAGAUCAACAGUUAAGAUUCACCUUUUGUUUGUAUUGUUUCCUUUUAUUGAUGUACCUAUUUUCAAUAAAAAUGGAAUCAUUAUUGCUCUUUCAA